GGGAACCUCCAGCUGCUGCAGAGCUGUCUGGGAGUUCUCAAAGGAAACACUUAACUGUGUGGCCCCGCCCACUUCAAACUGGACACGCCCCCUUCUACACAGCCCUCCUCCUAUUGGCUGGCUGUGGGCGGAGCCGGGACUCUGGACCAGAGAGAGUCGUCUGCAGCACUAACUAAACACCAGUUGUUGCUAGAAGGGACUCAGCUACGGCCACGACUUACACUAAAUUACUCUAAAUCUCACCUAUAUAUAUAUAUAUAUAUAUAUAUAUAUAUAUAUAUAUAUAUAUAUAAUGUAAUACUUUAACCCAGGAAACAUGUGCUCAUUCCUCGGGACCACCAUCUUCUUCCUAAACUAACUUGUUGCCAGAGCUGUUUCCCUUCCAGCCUCAACCCCAAACACCGCCUUCUCCCUCUUCUUCCUCCUCCCCCUCUUUCCCUUCCUCCUCUUUUUCCUCCUCCUCCCCCUCUUUCCCCUCCUCCUCUUCCUCCCCCUCUUUCCCCUCCU